AUGGAUACAAAUAAAAAAAUUUACUAAAAUGGAAGAGUGAAAAGCCACAGUUUAGCUUCUAACUAUUCUGCUUAGAUUUCCUCAACUUCAACAAAUACUAAUUUUUAUGUACAAACUUUCCACCUUAUAAGUCCACAAAGUAAUAAAAAUUCUACAUCUAAAUUCUACUUUCCUAAAAAUAAUAAUGGUGAAGAGGAAGAUAUCAAGCACAUUUAAAAUAUAUAAUACUAACAUUAAAACCAAAAAUAGCUUAAGAGUUUAAGUUAUUUGACCAAUAAUAUUAUUGAAAAAUAAACUAGAUCACGUAGCAAAAGCAAUAAGCAUUUUAUAUUAUCUGAUCUACUAAAAGCGUCAUAAUCAUCAAAAGACUUUAAAACUUUACCUAGUCCUUCUUAAAUUUAAAGUAGCAGAAGCUGCAUUAAUGAAAAAUACAAUUAAUAGUUUUUAAAUAUUAAUAGUUAAAUAGAUUUUUAACCAAGUUUAAGUUAAAGUAUUAACUUUUAACCAGAAAAUAAUACUCGUUCAUUUUUGAUAAAACAAUAGCAUUAGAGUAAGACUAACUUUUAAAAUAAUAUUUCGAUCUCAAAAUUAAUUUAGCAAAUAGAUAUGUAAAGAAAUAAUUUGAGUAGUAUUCUAAGUAAAGAUUCUGUAUAAAAAAACAAAAAUAGUAUUUCUAAUCAUUCUUAACUUUAAUAAACACAAUUAGAAAGAAGUUUAAAAGAUUUUGAUGUUUCUAUAGAAAAUGAUGAUCACUAAUAUUCUAUUAAUUAAAGAAAUAAAAUGUAAAAAAAACUAGGUUCUAUAAUUAAAAAUCAAUCUGAUAAAUCACUUGAUCAAAAUUUGUAAAAAUUUCAAGAUAAGUUUGUUAAUUAAAAUAAUAAUAAAACAAAUGUUCUAGCAACCAAACUUUUAAAAAAAAAUGAUUCAGAUUAAACUAAAAAACUAUAAAUUGAAGCUAAUUAUGAAAAGAAUAGCAUAUAAACAAAAGAAACAAAUAAAAUUGCAAAUUUCUUUAAUAUUUUUAAAGAUAGUCCUAAAUAUGAUGACAUAAAAUUUAAAUUAAAUGUUCCAACUUGCUUUAAAAAUGUUUUCAAACAAGAAAAAUCCCCUAACUCGAAAUAAACUUAAAUGUAGUUAUUAUAAACUUCUUUCAACAUUAAGCUUAGAACUAAAUAAAUAUAAUAUAGGUGUUUAAAACUUAAACAUAGCCAAAAAAAUUAACAUAAAGAUUAAAAUACCUAUUAGAAUUAUUAGAAUGUCAAUCAUAAAAUUGAAGAUAACAAAAAAAUCUAAGGAUAAGAGGUUAUCCAUUAAACAAAAGAAUAGAUUGUUUGCUAAAAUUAAAGAAAUAAAUUGUCACCUGGAUAAGCUUUAACAGCCCUAAGAAAAGCUAUUUAUCAUUUAAAAAGUAUUAAUGUUAAGAUAGAAGACUUUUCAUAAGCACAAAUCUUUAGCAGUAAGCCUUUUUAAAAAAAAUUUUCAUAUGAGCUUAUUUAGGCAGCAAAAUUAGGAGAUAUAAUGAAAGUUAUUGAAUGUUUAAAUGAAAAUAGAUUUCUUGUUUUUGAUUUUGAUUAUAUUUACUAGACUGCUCUACAUUGGGCUACCAAAAGAAAUCAUUAUUAGAUUGUUGAUAUACUUAUUAAAAAUGGAGCAGAUGUUAAUUAGAAAGAUAUUAUGGGCAGGACACCUUUGUUUUUUGCUUUAAAAGCUGGUCUUGAAAAAAUUUGUUUGCUGCUUCUAGAAAAUAAAGCUUCACCCUGGUCUACAAGCUAACUUAAUUAUUUAAAGGCUGCUAAUGAAAACAUACAAAUAAUUUUAUAUCUUAACAAAUUCAAAUAAAUUGAUAUUAUUUUAGGUAUGAUACCUAAACAGAAGCAUCAGUUAGUGUGGUAAAAGUACAUACAAACACUGAAAAGUUGA